GCCUGUCAGCGCAUUCACUCUCUUAGGCCUUCUUGAACAAGCGACAUGUCCUCCGCUCGCAAUCGUGGCUCCACUACUCCUAUGGAAUUCGAAUGGCAGAAUAAUACAGGCCCUACAGACGCACAAUCGCCAUUCCUACAAGCAGGAGUGGCAAAGAAGCGCCCGCACUCAGUACUAGACUCGUCGCCAUCCAAGAGCAGCUUCUCGACGCCCAACCGUUUCCAGCUCCGCGAACCAAACUCGGAACGCCACCUCUUCAGUGACGCACCCAAACCGCUGCCCGCAGUACCAUCACAUGUGUGGGAGCCGCGAACGCCGACAACCCUAGUCGACUUAAGCUCUGGCGGGGAGACGCCAAACACGCCGGCGAACGACGACAGCGAGGCGGCAACACCCGAGACGCAGCUGCGGAGCAAGAUGGGCGGGUUGAUGAGCGAGCGCAGGAGCAAGAGCAAGAGCCCCACUAAGCGGCGCGAGAGCUGGUACAACCGGUUCCUGCCCUCGUCAAGCCCAAGCCCCGCCAAAGAGAAGGAGAAGGAGAAGGAGCCGCGCGACCCUUACAGCAAGAAGGCCGAGCACCGCAUCAUGAAGCGACGCUCCAAGAACAAGAAAGCGCUAGCCCGAGACGACUACGGCUACGGCUACUACUCCGAUGACGAUAGUAGGCCGAACAAUGGCGGUGCCCCGAUGCCCCAGGCCCAACCGGACAUGGCCUCCCGGCUCGGCAGCCUGUUCACCUUCAUCGAGGCGCACCCGCAUCUGCCGUCGGUCCUGUCCUUCUACCUGCAGCUCCUCAUAAACUCCAUUCUCGGUCUCUUUUUUGUUUAUAUCAUCUUCCGCGGCUGGCGCGCCGUCCUCAACGACAUCGACCUUGAGUCGCGCAACAACAUGAUCGGCGUCAUCGCCGACAUCAAGGCCUGUGCCAAGGAGUACACCGAUAACCGCUGCGACCCCCACCAUCGCGUCCCAGCCAUGGCGAAGCUAUGCCAGACGUGGGAGAACUGCAUGCAGCGCGAUCCGCAGAAGGCCGCUGCCGCCACCGUCUCGGCCAAGACUUUCGCCAUGAUUUUCAAUGCCUUUGUGGAGGAAUUCAGUUACAAGUCCAUGAUCUUUACAGCCAUUGUCAUCUUUGGCGGCUUCAACAUAUCAAAUUGGGCGUUCGGUCUCUUCCGCCAAAAGCAACAAUCGCACCCUGGCCUUCGUCACAGUGAAUCCUUCAACUAUCCUCCACCCCCCGCAACCCCUCAACGAUAUCCGAGCAAUGGUUUUAUUGACCAGCAGCAUUUCUACACCCCUUAUGGCAGCAUGAACGCGAAUAUGUUGCCGCAAGCUGCGCAGAGUAUGCCCGCUUUGCCCAUGCCAGAGAGUAUUGAAGCCAGCGCUGGAACACCCGCUGUUUCUAGGAAGGAGGAAAGGAGCCCUAGUAAAAAGAGUUUUUGGAGAUGAUUUGGACUUUUGAAAUAUCUUACCGCCUUUCAACAGAUGCCUGCUUGAUUAGUUAGGCGGGAGUGACUUUGAUAUUCUUGUAAUGAUAUUAUUAUAUGUAAAUGGGUCCUUGUCGCUUGGGUGAAUCGGUGGUGUUGGUAAAUUCGGUUUAGGGUGGUCACGAUCAUCAAAUGACGUCACUGGUGUUUUUGCAUCUAGAAACGGUAAAGCAUAUGCAUAGUUAUAG